CUUAAAGAAUUUUCCUCAGUGCCCUGAAAAGUAGAUAGUUGGAUAUAUUGCAAAAUUUUUUUAAUACUUGACUCCAAAUCCUUACUAUAGCUGUGAUGUUCUUAUAAAAAAUCACUUGAGGAAACUUAGCAAUGAUUUUUUUUUUGAGAAAUGGUCUCAGUGGGGAAGAGGCUUAUGCCUCUCUCUCUCUUUUUUUUAAUUUAGUGCCUGUCUCUUCUGCUGGUAUCCAAUAUUAGUUUCAGAGUAAACAGUAUUUUCCAAAGACUGACAGGGUCAGCUGCUCUGGGAAUGUGGCUGGUGACCUCUCUAAUGGAUUACUGUCCCUGCAGGCGCCUUCCAAGUCAGUUAAGAGCAUGAAAAAGGAAGCUUAUUAAGCAAGAAUUUAGAGGACAGACUGACGGUCUCUUCCGGUGACUCUGAAGCCAAACCUCUGAUCUUCAGCUUUGUUCCUACUGUCAGAAGACUUCCAACCCACAUUCAGUUGGCUGACACUUCCAAAUAUCUUGUUAAAAUUCCUGAGGAACCAGGUGAUAAGAGUCCAGAAACUGUAAAUAGGUCUAAAUCCAUUGACUACAUGACCUUUAACCUUGGGAGUGAACAAGGGAAAAUCCAAGGAUCUCCACUGACCUGUCUGUCAGAGGACUGUGAAAAGAAUUCUCAAGGAGAACGAUUUAAAGCUAAUGACCUUCAAGGAAUGCAGCAAGGUGACCUCUUCAAGGCUGAAUAUGUCUUUAUCGUGGACUCUGAGGGGGAAGAUGAAGUUACCAGCAGAAAAGGUGAUCAAGGUGCCCCAGGGGGCACAGGCAAGCCAGUGGCCCGGCCCACGUCUCUAGUGAUCUCCUCCAGUCUGGUCUCAGAUGUGGUGCGUCCCAAAGUCUGGGGACCUGAGCUCAAGGCUGCAUCUCAUACUGCAAUUCCUCAGGAGAUGGUCUCCCAGCAGAAGCAGGAACAGCUAACUUCUCCCACCACCCCUGCGCAGCUUGCCAGUAAGUCACCUCCUUUCUCCUUUGUUUCUCCAACUAACCAGCGAGCGCGGCCCGUCCCCGCUAACCUCGAGGAGCUCCGCACCCGCAGGCUGGACACCGCUGGCCCCGCGCCCUGCCCGGCCCCCGAGGGCGGCUCCCGGCUGUCCGGGCCCCACGCAGCCCGCCCCGGGGAGGCGGCCCAGAAGCCUGGCCCGGCCUCCGAGGCUCAGAAGCAGACCCCGCCUGGGGCCUCGCGCGCCCUCGGCCCCCAAGAAGGCCCUGGAGCCCCUCGUUCGCCGGCAAGCGAGGGCCGGGGCCGGGACGCGGCCUCCUACAUCCCGGUGCGCAUCGUCACGCACGCGCUCUCUCCGAGCCCGAAGCCCCUGGCCGCCCCCUUCCGCGGCGCUUCCCCCGUCUGUAGCCAGAGGUCGUCCAGCCAGAGUCUCUCCAGGUCAGGGCUGAAGUCCCCGGUGCCCUCCCGGCUGUCCCUUCUCACCGCCAUCCUCAAGUCAAACCCUUCUCACCAGAGACCCGUGUCUCCCGCGUCCUGCCCCACCUUCUCGCUCAACUCCCUGGCCUCCUCCACGUCCACGCUUGAUCAGAAAGCAAAGCAAACCUCCCCCACGCCGAGAAAGUCCCUCUCCAGCUGCUCCCUGAGGGCCGGGUCCCCAGAGCAAGAAGGGCCGCGGGCUCCGGCGCUGGGCCUCGCCAGGCCAGCCCCCCUUUCUCAGGUGCCCCCCCGCUCUCCAGCCACACUGGCCAGCAGCAGCCCUGCCUCUCUGAGCGUGGAAAAACCACCGUCACCCACUCUGAGGAUCGGAGCACCCUGCUCCCAGCCACACUCUGGCGCAUCCGGUGCUGCUACUCUCCCCCCUGGGCCCGCAGGCUCCUGUCCUCUUUCUGCUUCAAAGGGCAAACAGGAUGCUGACUUCAGGCUUGGAGAAAAGCCCAGGAAUAUUUACACGCACCCUUCUGCACUAGCUUCUGCUCCGUUGUCUUCACCCAUUCAUCAAAGCGCCACGCUCUCCUCUCCAGAGAAAUAUUUCUAUCCUUCCCCGGCCCUCUCACACCUGAUAGAAAGGUCCAGAAAAGCAUCAUCCCAAUUAUCAAGCCAGAGGCCGAGUCGCUCAGCCCCUUCUCCACUCCCUCGCUCCAGCUCCAGCUCCAACGGCAGCGCUGCCUCCUUUCCCAGUCUGGAGUCUUCCCUCCUCUCUUCUGCUGACCCGCCCAGUCGGACACUCCCUCACAGUCCUGCUGCCCUGAGCCCUAGGUGUGGCAGAAACACCCUGCCUGCGAGAAUGGGGAAACCCGAAAGCACAAAACCCAGCUGCAGAUCGCCUGUUUCGGCCCCAACACCACCCAUUUCUCUAACAAGAACCAAGGACCUGGUUUCACCUUUUGCAUUGUCCCUGGCAACAAGCCCUGAAAAUAAGAAACCCAAGCAAUACAAGACCAAGUCCAGCUACAAGGUUUUCGCUGCAAUCCCUACAAACACAUUGCUUUUGGAACAGAAGGCACUAGAUGAACCAGCCCAGGCUGAAAGUGUGUCCCAGGACAGCUCCGUAGACCUGCCCCUGGAGUUGUGUUUCCCUGCACAGCUCAGGCAGCAAACUGAAGAGCUCUGUGCUGCCAUUGAUAAGGUCUUGCAGGAUUCCUUGUCUAUGCAUUCUUCUGAUUCUCCUUCAAGGUCUCCACAGCAGACAUUGCUGGGUUCUGAAACAAUCAAAAGUCCUACAACUCUUCCAAGAGCAGCUGGUCGAGAAACCAAAUAUGCAAAUCUCUCAUUAUCAUCCUCUACAGCAUCUGAGAGUCAGCUGACUAAGCCUGGAGUAAUUCGCCCAGUACCUAUAAAAUCCAGAAUAUUACUGAAAAAAGAGGAAGAAGUCUAUGAACCCAACCCUUUCAGUAAAUAUCUGGACGACAACAGUGGUCUCUUCUCUGAACAGCUGAGUCAUCCAAUGGUGGCUAUUCCUGAACAUGAAACUCUUGAUUCCAAAGAGCAGUGAAGUUGGAGAAGAUGUGAAAGCUGGCAGCUGAAGUGUUUUUGGAAUGCUGGUGCUAAUCACUUGGUAGAUUUAACUUUUAUUUUUUCCAGAAUGAGUGCAUCUUUUAUGAACUGCAGUGAAACAGAGGAACUAAAAAAAGUUUCCUGCAGGCACAAAGCAUCACAGUACUCCACUAACCCCGGCAUAGAAGGGAUUUACCUACUGCAUCUAGCACCACUGUUCAAGCCUUUAAUGCCUUGGAUUAAGCUGACAGCAAUACUAACCUGCCCCUGUCUUCAGCAGCCAAAUAAAGAACCAUGGGUAAACAUAG